CAGCAGAGGUGGAGCCCUCCACACUCCCAGUCCUCUCAGGGUCUAACGACUUUGGGGAUUUUUUUCCUUGCAGAGCCUACAAGAUGUCCUUGACAGCACCAUGUUGAUGUAUAUUAUUUCGCUUAUAGAACAUUCCUUUUGUGUUUAUCUAAGAACUCCAGGACAUUAGUAAAGAAAGGAAGCCAUAAUUAAAGUGAUGGGGAGAAAAGCUCAUGCUGAUCUGAACCUACAUUUGCAGCAAUCCUACAAAGUGGGGCUUAGUACACUUACUGGACAUGGACAAGAACAGGCCUAGAAGAGGUGCGAUGCCUUGCUCAGGACAGCAUCAUGAAAGCCUCACUGGGUCCAGAUCUUGAACUUACAAACUCUACUUACAGGAGGAUGCGAAUGUCGCUAAGUUGGUAGAGUUCUUGUCUAGCAUGCGCCACCGAAGCCUGGGUUCUAACCCCAGCACUGCAUAAACUGGGUAUAGUGGUGCACACCUGUAAUCCCAGCAUGGGGUGGUGGGGACAAGAGGAUCAGAAGUUUAAAGGAUUCUCUACACACUGAGUUCCUGGACAACAUGGACUAUGUGAGACCAUAAAAGUGAAAACAACAAGAAGAAAAGAAACUCCAUUUGUUUCCUCCUAACAGAGAAGUGAGACCAGGUCCCAAAUCAACCCCCACCCCCGGGGCUUCCUUUCCCUGUCCCUUGGAGCCUCAGUACUGUGUCUCUGAGUCUGUUUCCUCAUUUCUUCCCAGCUUCCCACUCACUGCCACCAGAAGGCCCUGAGGCUCUUUGUCUAUGCUCUCUCAGACCUUGCAGCUUCUCCAAAGUGGAUGACUAUCCUGCCCUUGCUGUGAGUAUUGGCAGCACGCACGUGUGCCUGGGUGGAAGUCUGAGUUCCUCCCUGCUCUGAUUCUGCUGGUGUUGAGAUGGGCUGGCACGUGCUACUGCCUGGCCUGCUCCUUUCCCUGCCUCUGGUAACAGGGUGGACCACUUCCAAGUGCCUACUGACUGAAGACUCCCCGCUGCCCCUGGUCUCUCGCUACUUCUCACUGUGCUCAGUGUCCGUGACCCAGCUGUCCUUCCUUGCCGCAUGCAUCUCAGUGACCAACCUGACACAGACCUUGGCAGCUGUGCCUCAGACUGUGGAGGGGCUCUGCCUCAGUGGUUCUAUGUCUUCUCUGCCUCCGGAUGCUUUCUCUGCUUUUCCCAGACUCAAGAUGCUGGGACUGAAUCUGCAUCUCACCCGACUCUUGCCAGGAGCUCUCCGCGGCUUGGGACAGUUGCAGAAACUCUCUUUUCUAGACCACCCUUUUGGGAAGAAAUCCCUCUUUAUACCUCCUGAUGCCUUUGGUGACCUGGUUUCCCUCCAGAGACUCCAUAUCUCGGGCCCCUGCUUGGACAAGAAGGCAGGUAUUCAGCUGCCUCGCAGUCUGCAACGGCUGGCUGUCAUGUUCAAUUGCCUUCAGGACGUCGGAGAGCUGGCUGGCAUGUUUCCAGAUCUGGUGCAAGGCUCCUCUCGCAGGGAUCCAUGGACCCUGCGUAUGUUGGAUCUGUCAUUCAACCGGGAGCUGAAGAUGGCUAGUCCUGGGUCCCUCCAGGGUCUCCAGCUGGAGACUCUGAACCUGGACCAAACACUUCUGGAGGCAUCGAGAGUGAGAGCACUGGGACUUCAGAAACUGGAUGUCCUGUCUGCGAAGUUGACUGCCACGGCCCAACUGCCUGCCGAGGCUGUUGCCCACUUGGAGCUGCAGGAGCUGAAUGUGGGUUAUAACAAGAUAGGAUCCAUAUCUCAGGAGGCCCUGGCUUCCUGUCACAGCCUGAAGACCUUGGGUCUUGAAAGCACGGGCCUGACUAAGUUGCCGCCAGGGUUCUUGGCAGCCAUGCCCAGGCUUCAGAGACUGAAUCUGGCUGGAAAUCAACUGCAGAGCGACACGCUGUGCUUGAAUGAGACCGGAGACGUGUCAGGACUGAUGACUCUGAACCUGGCAGACAAUGGGCUGCGCACCCUGCCUCCAGCCACCUUCUCCUGUCUACCCCACUUGCGGGAGCUGCUGCUUCAGGACAACCAGCUGCUCUCCCUGGAGAGGCAGCUAUUGCAGGGUCUACAGCAACUAGAGACCUUGAAUUUGGAUAAAAAUCCCCUGCUUAACCUGGGUAAGAACUGGUUGGCUGCCCUGCCUGCACUGACUGCCCUUAGCCUGCUAGACACUCACUUGUCACUAAUCCCAGACCCUGGCUUCUGGGGAGCAAAGAGCCUGCGCACCUUGAGACUGAAGCUUCCCUCUGUCCCUGCCCCGACAGUAUUGUCCCUGCCGAUGUAUCUGACCAGCUUAGAGCUUCAUGAAGCCUCAGGCAGGAAGCCCUGGGGGUUGUCCCCGAAUGUCUUUCCUUUCUUGGAGACCUUGACUAUAAAAGGCAAGGGCCUGAAGCUGGAGGGCCAGAAUGCCUCUGAGGUCUUCCCUGCUCUUCAGCAACUUUCCCUGCUCCAGAAUAGCUUGGAGGCCUUCUGCUCCAGGGACAACUCCAACACUUUCCCCUGGCAACUCCCUAAACUUCAGACCUUGAAGAUCUGGGGUGCUGGAAGCAAUUUCAGACCCUGUCUUAUCACUGGGCUGCCCAGCCUACAGGAGCUCAAGCUGGAGGCCCUUCAGUCCACAAUCCAGCCCCGUUCAGUGCAGCUGGAGGAGCUAGUGGGCGAGCUUCCGCAGCUCCAGGCACUACAGCUGUCCGACACAGGGCUCAAGUCACUGUCGGCGACCGCUUUCCAACGCCUGAGCAGUCUCCGGGUCUUAGUGGUAGACAGUGAGGAAGACUUGGUCCUGCAUGACAGUCUGGGGGAGUACAGCCCUCAGAUGCCCCAGUAUAUAUACAUUCUGCAGUCAAACUUGGCUUGCCAGUGUGCCAAUGCAUGGAUGGAGCCGUGGGUUAAGCAGUCCACUAAAACGUACAUAUACAUACACAGCAGUAAGUUAUGUCCAGCAGAAGAGGGGGUCCCUGCCAAGCAUUCACUCUUCUCCUUUCUAUGGGACCACUGCCCCCAGUCUUUGGAGCUAAAACUCUUUUUAGCCAGCUCUUCUUUGGUGUUUCUGCUGAUUGCUUUGCCACUCCUCCAAGAAGCCGGGAACUUACGGAUCCCCUUCCUCCAGGCCUUGUUCAGGGUUUGGCUCCAGGGCCGUAGGGGUCAGCGGGAUGAAGGAAAGAGGUUCCUUUUUGAUGUAUUUGUGUCCCACUGCAGGCAAGACCAGGGCUGGGUAAUAGAGGAACUUCUGCCCGCUCUGGAGGGCCCUGGUCUACGCCUCUGUCUCCCUGACCGAGACUUUGAGCCUGGUAAGGAUGUAGUUGAAAAUGUGGCGGACAGCAUGGUGAGUAGCCGUGUCAUACUCUGUGUGCUGAGUGGCCAGGCCCUGUGUAACCCUCGCUGCCGCCUGGAGCUCCGUUUGGCCACCUCUCUAUUCCUGGCUGCCCCCUUCCCUCCAGUGUUGCUGCUAGCCUUCCUGGAACCCAUUUCCCGACACCAGCUCCCCGGCUACCACAGACUGGCUAGGUUGCUUCGACGAGGAGAUUACUGUUUGUGGCCCGAGGAAGAUGAAAGAAAGGCUGGCUUCUGGGCUUGGCUGAGGAGCAGGCUAGGGCAGCCGGGGGUGGAGUAGGGCGGCACUUGUGAAUUUUAGGGUGGGGGUAGGAGAAGCAAGCUAGACUGGCAGGGACUCAGUGUGUUUGCGGGGAGGGGGCAGGUUGGGACUGACAGCAUGAAGUCAGCUUUUGCAGAUGCAGGAAUCCAUGUGCUGGCAACACAGGUUGGGACAGGCGGAGGGCUGGGGGUUGAAUGAGGAAAGCUGAGAGAUGUCAGGUGCCCAGGGGGUAUGUGACAUUCCCAUGAUCUCUCUAAGACCUCAGUAAAUUGGUUAAAUCUGA